CUGUAUCUUUUAGCAAGUGUAUAUAUAUAAGACUACAUAUAUUAUUAGGAUGAAGAAUUUCUGAUUGUGCAAUGGCGAUGACUUCUGCCUCAUUGAAUAUAUUGUUUGGACUUAUUUGUGGAUGUAUUGUAGGUUCACAAGAAGUAGAUGUGGUGGGACUAUGGAAAGAUUUUCCGGUUGGAAUUCCAUGUGAAGAAGCCGUCAAAAGUUUGGUUCCGGCAAUUCCAUUUGAUCCACCACCGCCAGAUCGCCCAGGCGAUGACAAUGAAAACAUUACAUGCACCAUCACUAGAAAUGGUAAUGUUGAAUUCAACAAAACCAUAAUUUGGGGUGGCAGACAUAAAGAAGGAUACUUUGGUGAUGCGGACGAAAAAUGGAACAAUGCUAAUAUUUCCGUUAAAAUUUUUUGGGACGGCGACCCAUUUGAAUAUAAAUUUCAAACCGAAUUGGAAAAUAUUCCGGAAAUGAAUUGCUCACGUACAUUACUUGAUAGUACCAAAGACCGAGGAGAAGAGAUCACUUUAAGUUGCUAUGCUGCGAGAGUAAGUCAAAACAAUAAAAUGAAGAUGUCCGAAGAGCAAUACAGUGUAUUUACGACAACAUGGUACAAAGACUGUGAAAUAAUUUCUGAAAAUAACGAACACUUUAAACAAGAGGAUGGGAACUAUAACUAUAAUGAAAUAAACUUCAAAUCACUAAAGAUUCCAAAACCGUCAUACAACACUACACCGGGAUUAUAUCACUGUAUUCUGGAUUACAGAGGAAAUGAGCUGACGUCAACUUCGUAUAAAGUCUGUAUACGAGAAAAAUUCGAGUAUGUAAACAAUCCUACAAUAGUUGCAUCAGAAGAUGAACAUUUUGUAGAGCCUGGAAAUAGUUUAGACGUUCAUUGCAAAGGAAAUAUUGGAGGAAAUAAUGAUCAAACCACUGUAUUCUGGUUGAGGAACAACACUGAAAUAUGCCGCUCAAGGGUAAAUGAAAAGAGUGACAACUGCUCAUCGGAACGUCACAUAAACAAAGCUUCUUGUGAAACGCUAACAGAAGCUGAGGCAAUUGAAGCUCAAAAAAGGAGGCUUGCUGACAAUUUUACUGCGACCUAUACAUUCAGUAAUGCAGAUUUUUCAGAUAGCGGCGUCUACACCUGUCUCUUGGCAACUACUGGGGCUGGCCCAAGAGAUAAAUUCCGAGUUACUGUUCGGUAUGCGGAAUCAAGACACAAAACAUUGAUAAUAAUUUGGAUAAUUCUAGGAGCUUGCGGGGUCAUCGCAGUUAUUUUUGGAAUUCUUUAUUGGCAAUUUUCGACCGAAAUACGUUAUUUCUGGAAAAAAUGCUUUGGAAAGAAAAAGGAAACUGACAAGUAUUCAGCAUAUUUGGUCUACAUGCCUGAUGCAUUUGACAACAAUAACAAUAACGGUCUUGAUGUUCUGAUGGACUGUUUGAAUAAAUCAAAAGGGACUUACUAUGAUCCAAACAAAAGUCAUAAUGAUAUAUCUAUGACCAUUGGAAACGACUUCAGAUCAACUCUGGAAAAAUGUAUGAAAAUGGUGGUAAUUGUGACCCCAGAAUUAAUUCAACAAAACGAUAUUGAAAUAUUCAAAACAUACGAGGGACUUCGAGAAAGUGUGAAAAAAGACUUGGGAAUAGUUUUUGUGUGCUCUGAAGACAUGAAGAAAGAGUUGACUGAAAGAGCUAAGAAAAAUGAUGCCGUCGCUAUCAACAUAAAAAAUGUUAUGAAAAAGCAGGGUAACACAAACAUCGUGUGGAAGAAAAAUAAGACAAGAAGAAUGAAACGGGCUUUGUAUGUUGCACUUCCAAAUGUUGAAACAGUUGAAUACAGAGAUGAUAUUGAAGAUAAAUGCUAUGAGAACACAGUUGUGUAGAUUCAUGUAACACCUUCGCCGGUACGGUGACUAAACUGAGACUAUGUGCUAACACCCUUUUUGUUUUAGUAUUUCUUUGUCUAAUCAAAUAUAAAAUCGAUGUGUGUGGUACAAGGUGGAGGAUAAAGUUGUAUUUUUGAUAUUCUACUGAAAAUGGAUUACAUUUUACAUCGUUUCUUCAUUUUGUAUAUAUAUAAUAGUCAAUGGGGAAUCUUCAAUUAUUUCUUAUUGACUGCUCGAAAUAAGAUUUAUCAUCAAGUCUAUAUAAAUUCGAAGAGGACAAUCACUAACAGAGACGUGUAUGUAGAGCCACAAUGUAUUUUUUCACGUUCGGCGUUUCACUCACAAAAUUUAUUAUUUUGAUAGUAAGUUGUUGGACAUGGGCUUUUGAACCUAGGUACAGAAUAAGCUUCUUAGAAAAGCCUUCUGAGUCUGGUUACGUUUAUGAAAACCACUGAUCCUUGUGUCGAUUGUUUAUCUGCCUCUUUAUUCAUUGUCAAUUUUGACUGAGCAUUUUUCAAAUUACCCGUUAUUUCUCGUAAUUUUCGCUGAACGUUAACGUUUAUAACUUACACUUUGGUUGUUUGUGAUUUGUUGUUGGCUUGGUGGUAUUAUAUGUUAAAAACCAAUGAUAUGUAUAGCAUAAUUUCCUUGUGUUGUGUAAUUUAUGUAUAAUUAUUAUUUAUGCGUCUAGUUAAUGAUAUGUUGCCCAGUAGGACUAUUCCAACAAAUUUUAACAAGCAUAAAUUUUGGCGAAUUGAUUUCGAAAUAUAUAUUUUAUAUGACCAUUUUUAAUGAAGUUAUGAAUAUUUCCGGAAGUUCCUUUCAGAAAUAUCGACUGUUGAAUAUUAAACUUCUGGUGACUAUAUUAAACCACUGAAAAUAAAUUAAUUAGCAAAAUGAUUUGGUACUGUUUGAAAUUUUAUACUGGUAUAUCAUUUAUCGCCUAUGCUUCACUUAUGCAUGGCAAAGCAAAUUGUCACUUCAACUGUCUUUUCAUUCUUAUUAUUUUGUAUUUUUUCAUUAAUUCUUCAUACUCUACUCCUAUUAUAUUUUUCUAAUUCACACCUUGUCAGAUUUACACAGACACGUAUCAUGUAUAUAUAUUAUGUGUGUGUAUAUGAACUAUACCUGCAUAUGGUUAAUCUUUAUGAAUUUUUUUAUUUUUUAAUAAAUCAUAUUCAGAAUUAUAGCGAAACUUAUUUAAUAUCUGAAAGGAUCAUGUUAAUUCUUGAAACCACAAGACAAUAAAAUAACAACGAGUAUAUCAACAUAAAACUCAAGAUGUCGCCCUUGAGUGAUUAAUUUGAAUAUACAAAUAUUACUGCAUCACAUUUGUCGUAGUGUAUAUUAUAAAGACACUUUAUAUAUAUAUAUUCAUAUAAAUCAUUGCACUUGAAUUCCAUUGCACUUUUCGUGUAGCUGCUCUAAACAUCAUGACAGCCCAAUAAGCCCUCUAGAGAAAGGCGAUCCUUAUAACGAUUGCCGUCUUAUAUCCAUCCCUACUUUCCCAACUUUUGUUUAUGGAAAAAAAACUAAAUGUUUUGUGGAGCCCAGCUAAAUCUCUAAAAGUUGGUUAUAUGGCACAGGGACAAAAUUAUGCACAACCCUGGCUUUAAGCUUUAAACGAGGGUUUAGAUAACCAGUCGUAUCAUCUGUCAGAAAUUAGGUAAUACA